UUGUGUCCUGAGUUUUAAGGGUAGGUUGAUAAGUGAAGGAAACAGGAAGACAAACCCAUACUAUACCAUGUUCUUCCUAGAUAUGACCUUCAUUUAAAGCUUUUGAUCACUAUAUAUGUAAACACAAAAACUUGCUUUGAAUCUCGGUUCUACAAAAGCAUGUCAAUCCUUUCCUCUUUAGUUUUGAUCUCUCUUUUAUGCUUAAUUUCCUCAAGUACACCAUCUAUAGCGAGUCGACGACUCACCGGAGAUAUUUCCGUCACACCGGAGAUACCUCGAAACACCACAUUUCAUGAACCCAUCAAGAACAACAGUGAGAAGGUGAAAGUGGAGAGCACAAUCGACGUGAACUCGUCAUCAUCACAAGUGAACUUAAAUGCUAAACUCAAGAUGAAAAAGGAGAGAACAACGAAGCGAAAAAGCGUCGAAGAUGACGAUCACAAGCCGGAAAAUGGUACGAAACGAGACGGAAGACAAGGUAGAGCAACGCGUGCAUAUGCUAAAAACUCAGGAAAAGUCGUAAAGAGUAAGUUUGGUAGAGUAGUCUCAUGGCGUGUGCCUCGGUCGAAAAAUGAAGUACCACAAACAGGUUUCAACUUAGAUUAUGCACCACCAAAAGUACACCCUCCUACCCACAACUAAACAAUUUUGCAAAUUUCUUUUUCUUUUUUGUUUCUAGAGAGAAAAUCGGUCUAUUAUAUACGGAAUAUUAUGAGUACUACUGUAACAACUUGUAUAUUGUACUGAGAAUACU